AUGACAGAGUAUCGCGAGGACAAUCAGGAGAGGAAACUUGAUUCGGGCAUAGGAGCCUAUAGGGAUGAGAGGCCGAGAAUAUUUUACACCAAAACGGCAAUCUCAACCACGAAUACUUGCCUAUUCGUGGCCAUGAUUUAUUUCUCAGCGCCGCUCAGAAACUCAUUUCAGGCCAAAAUAGCCCAGCAAUACGCGAAAAAAGAGUCAGUGACUUCUUCGUUUGACGCAUGUGUUUACUUUCCUUUCCAGUUUCGGAUUGAUUCAGCGGGGUUUUCUGUUCAGGAAUACCCAUAUUAUUCUGCGACGACCAAGAGUCUGAAUAUUGAUGCCAUAAUUUCCGUUUUGAAAGGAGCCCCGGCGGGUUCUGUGGUUAUGCUUCAAGUCCGCGUCCAUAACCCAACGGAAAUCGACCCAUCACAAGAAGAAUGGAAGAGAAUUGCUGAAGUCAUGCAAGUGUGUGGCCAUUUGGCGUCCUUCGACUGUGCUACCAGGGAUUCGCCUCCGGUCAUCUCCAUCGAGAUUCUUGAGCCGGAUUCGAGUGCUGCAUCGCGCAAUCUUUUGCGAAGAAUCUCGGCCGCUAAGGUGAACGCGUUGGUGCCAUUUACUUUAUCUGUGCCCUUUGGUGUGGAUUCAUCCCAUCUCUCUACUCGAAUCUCCAUGAGGAACUUUUGCCGCGUGGCAGCUGGAUCUUCGCGUCAUGAGGAGUCGUUUGUCAAAUAUUCGACACCAAAUUCGGUCGCAACUGAAGGCUCAUGGAACGCCUGGCCUCUGGGGGUUUUUGUCUACUCAGAUCGGCAUGUUCAGCUACACUGGGAUGUCGAGGCCGCAAAUUCAAAAGCUGAAGGAAAAGUGGCACAUCUACUUGAUAGGUCAUUAUCAUUUCUCUCAUCAAAGACAUUUGGGUUGCUAAUUGACGACAAUUGCAGACAGAAAACGGGCGCAUGUCGGAGGCAGGUCUCAACCCACACAGCAACGAAUACUUCAUUCAUGCUGUCGAUGAUGCUGUUCGCACCGCUACCUAACCCUUCACCUCUUAUUAGCUUUCUGCAAACAAAGUGA